AUGUGGAGUAAACACUCCUAUGUUUGUUGCCGCUGGGUCGAAGAGGAAAUGAAUAGCAUGCUGGCCACUGUGCCACUUGGACAAUGGGCUGAGGUUGUAGACGUUGCUGCCCUGGUGACUUUCCUCCGCAGUUCUGAUGCACGGUUCAUCACAGGAGGAGCUCUGAAGGUGGAUGGAGGGAUUGUAUUGUAUUGA